ACCAAACUCCACGAAAACACGAUACCUCUCCUCUCAAACAAACACACACCAACACACUCUUUCCUCGUGUCUUCUGUGUCUGCGUGUGUAUAUUCAUAUUGUCCCGCUGUCUUUCUUUCAUUUAUAUAUAUCUGUCAAUAAAUUUAUAUUUCAUCCACAUUAAUAAAGUAAAAUAAAUUAGGGCACAAAUAAUACAAAGUGAAGUAUUAUGUUAUUAUUAUAUUUGUAAGAAGGAAGAUGAUAAUGGCAUCAUAUGGAGGAUGGGAGUUUGAUGAUAAUGACGGUCUUGAUGUAACAUCCAACCACGAUGACCUUUUGGAUUUUGAAUCCCUUUUUAAUACACUUGAUCAUCCAUCGUGUGGCGACUAUUUGGAGAAUGGGCUGGCGGAUCCAUCGAAUGCUGCAUCAUGUAGUGAAUCAGGUUCACAUGGGGCCGGAAAUGGCUCACUUCCAUUUCCCCUUCUGUAUGACUCAGAAGCUUCAGCUUCCAGGGCUUUUUGUUUAAGUGGUUCAGAUGUUAAUGAAAGGCAGGCAUUUAAUUCUGACUUUAAAAAUCUGGAAACAUAUCAAAACGCAUUCCCCAUGCAGAGUGUUGGUGAUUGGAUGAUGCCAGUGUCAACAACCGUCAAUCCUUGGUUAGCAAAUCAUGAAGCUACUCAAGAAUUUUCAUUAGCUAGCAAUAAUGGCAAUGGAGAAACUAAUUUUGAGAGUGCUAAUAACAAUAACACUUUUGUGUUUACUAAUGAUAGUAAUACUAAUGGUAAGGGUAAUCAUUAUCUGUUGGAUAAAACUGGGUUAACUAAUGAGAUAUCUGACAACUCUAUUAUAAACGGUCAUCAAACGUUUGAAAUCCCUGAGUUUUUAGAAGCUCCGGAAAUGGAUCUGAGUGGGUAUUCUGACAUUCCCUAUGCUCCCAAUCAUGGGUUCUCUAUGCCGUAUUUCACAAGCAUAAACGAACCAUUGUAUUUUGGUUUGUCAAGGCAGAUCCAAAGUUCAAAUCAUGAUGAUGGCAAGUUAUUUGAUGCUAAGAUUGAAUCACAAAAACGCAUAGUUCAAAAUCUACCAAGAAAUGAUGUGAUGAGAUAUGAGACCAUUGCUGGAAGGUCAGAUGGAACAGCUCCAGUGGAUCAGGAUUUCGAUAUAGGAAGAUAUGUCAGUGCUGAAGCCAGUAACACUUGUUCAGCAAGUGGCGGAAGUUCUUUGGGUCAAGCUAACAGAGUAUGUCGUGGGAUUUACAAGUGUGAUAACAAUAAACUACUGAUACGUUUAAAGGAUAGGCAAAGUGCUGCACCUACUCCAACUCUGGGCACGACAUGCACAGAACAGUCUUUUGCUGAAGGCAGUAAUACUGGUUCGAGUGGUGGAAAUUCUUUGGGUCAACAAACCAGUGAAGAUCACGGGACUCAUGAGUGUAAUACGCCAAAGAAAAGCCUUGUGAUACGUAUAAAGACUAUGAAUAGUGAUGCAGCUACUCCAACUCUGGGUACUACACGCAGGAAACAGUCUAUAUCAGGUGGGAAGUCACGUGUCACUGCAAAAAGAUCUACACCUAUAUAUGUGCAAAACCAUGCAAAACUUAACAUAGACGAUGAGCAGUCUGGCCAUCAAGUCUCAUCUCAGGAAAUUACCCCUCAAAAGUCUGAGAUACCUCUAGUGGAUGGUGGUUUGGCAGUUCCACUUCUGAGGCACCAGCGAAUUGCUUUGUCAUGGAUGUCAAAAAAAGAGACGAAAAGUAUACACUGCUGUGGAGGAAUUCUUGCAGAUGAUCAAGGGUUGGGUAAAACAAUAUCUGCGAUUGCCCUUAUUCUCAAGGAACGAUCUCCUUCACGUUCUGGUGUUUCUGCGAUUGAAACCAGAGAGAAGGAAACCGAGACUUUGUGUUUGGAUGCGGACGGGGAUGAAGACACAUUGGUGCAAUCAAAAUGUAGUCUAGCUGGUGGGACACUUGUUGUCUGCCCUACUAGUGUUCUUCGUCAAUGGAAUGAUGAGUUACAGAGUAAAGUUGUUAGUGAAGCUAAUCUCUCAGUUUUAGUGUAUUAUGGAGGAAACAGAACCAAGGAUCCAUAUGAGCUAGCCAAGUAUGAUGUCGUCAUCACUACAUAUGCAAUUGUGAGCAUGGAGGUUCCAAAACAACCACUUGAUGAAGGUGAUGAUGAAACAAAGCUAAAGAUCUCGCCCUUCAAGAAAAGGAAAUACCCUCCGGCGUCUGACGAAAGUUGUGAAAAAUAUAAAAAAGGAAUAGAUCAUGAAACGUUGGAAUGCAUAGAUCGUCCUUUGGCCAAGUUGAGAUGGUUUAGGGUUAUACUGGAUGAGGCUCAGAGUAUUAAGAAUUAUAAAACUCAAGCAGCUAAGGCUUGCUGGGGUCUUCGAGCUAAACGCAGGUGGUGCUUGUCAGGGACUCCUAUUCAGAACUCUGUUGAUGACCUGUAUAGUUACUUCAGAUUCUUAAAAUAUGAUCCAUUUUCCGUGUUUAAAAAAUUUUGCUCACAAAUAAAGGCUCCUAUUCAAAGGAAUCCGGUGGCCGGGUAUAAAAGGUUGCAGGUUAUCCUAAAAACCAUCAUGCUUCGACGCACGAAAGGUACCCUUCUUAAGGGAGAACCAAUUAUUAUUUUGCCACCCAAAACCAUUACACUUAAAAUGGUGGAUUUCACGGCUGAGGAGCGUGGUUUUUAUCAGAGUCUGGAGGCUGAAUCCCGUGCUCAGUUUGCAGAAUAUGCUGCUGCUGGUACUGUCAAACAAAACUAUAUAAACAUAUUAUUGCUGCUUCUGCGCCUUCGGCAAGCUUGUGAUCAUCCUUUACUUGUAAAAGGAUGUAGCACCACCACUAAUUGGAGGUUGUCGGUUGAGAAAGCAAAAGGGCUUCCUCAAGAAAAAGUCCAUCGUCUUCUUAACUGCUUGGAAGCUUCAUUAGCAAUUUGCAGCAUCUGUAAUGAUCCACCCGAAGAUGCUGUUGUAACAACUUGUGAGCAUGUAUUCUGCAAUCAGUGCAUCCUCGAACAUCUUUCUAGUGAUGACAGCCAUUGUCCAUCUGCCAAGUGCAAAAGUAUACUCAGUAGAUCUUCAGUUUUUUGUAAAUCAACCCUUAGUGUUUCAGUUAGUGACCAGCCUUGUUCAGAAGAAGCUGAGGUUGUGGAGCCUUGUUCGUCUAAUGGACCAAUUGAUCAAUUGAAAAUUGAGGCAACUAAGGCACUUGAAUCUUCCAAAAUAAAAGCUGCCAUUGAAGUCCUGAAGUCUAUUUCAAAACCUCAGGAGAUAACUUUGAAUGAUACUGAUUUUAUGAGAAAUUCAGUUGUAAAGGAGAAAGCAAUUGUCUUUUCACAGUGGACAGGGAUGCUAGAUUUGGUUGAAGUUUGUCUGAAAGAUUCCUCCAUUGGUUACAGGAGACUUGAUGGGACAAUGUCUGUAGUUGCUCGUGAUAAAGCAGUGAAGGAUUUCAACACUCUUCCUGAGGUAACUGUUAUGAUUAUGUCUUUAAAAGCAGCUAGUCUUGGGUUAAACAUGGUUGCUGCUUGUCAUGUAAUUCUUCUGGAUCUCUGGUGGAACCCAACAACUGAAGAUCAAGCAAUUGACAGGGCUCAUCGGAUCGGGCAAACUCGUCCAGUAACCGUUUUUCGGUUCACUGUUAAAGAUACUGUUGAAGAUCGUAUUUUAGCUCUUCAGAAAAAGAAGAGAGAAAUGGUAGCAUCAGCAUUUGGAGAAGAUAAAAAUGGUGGCUCUCAGGCUCGCCUCACAGUUGAUGACAUGAAAUAUUUAUUUCAAGCUUAGUACCUGGUACAUCCUUUUCCUAGAGCUAAAGCCAGCCAAAGCAUUACAUCUCCCUACAUUUGCUGUUCUAGAUCCGGGAAAAGGCCUAUCUUUAGCGUCAGUCUUGUUGAUAUCUUAGAGUGGUUUUUUUGCAUAUUAAUCUCAAUCAACGACAUUAUUAACAUCGUUUUUUGGGAUUUGGUAGAAUUUUAGAACAGAAGAUAUAUCUGGUUUUGCAAGAUGGUAGAUGAUCGAUAGGAGGUUUUUAGUUUUAGAAUGAACUGCUUGCUAAACCGUCUUUUGUGUAUCUCCUAUAGGGGAUCUCUAAUUGAAACAACAUUUGUCAUGAUCAGCAAAGAAGAAUGCUGGAUGAAAAACUUUCUAUAUUCAUCUAAUCUGAUUUUGCAUUUGAAAUU